CUUCAAAUAAAAUGGAAGAAACCACAACUCCAUUAUUUUCUUUUUAUGUACCGGAUUUAUACUAUACAGCAUAUUACUAUCCUGAGGACGAGGGUAUAAACCCAAUCAUCUACCAGGCAGUAAAAAUUUUGAAUAUCAUUAUUUACAGCGUGACCUUUCUCCUAGGGGUUUUUGGAAAUGGCUUGGUUAUCUGGAUUACAGGAUUCAAAAUGCACAAAUCGGUCAGCACCAUCUGGUUCCUCAACUUGGCCAUCGCCGACUUUGUUUUUGACGUCUUCUUCCCGCUUCAGAUCAGCGAAUGGGUCAUGAAUGGUCAUUGGCCUUUCGGUCAGGUUAUGUGCAAGGUGAUUUUUACGGCUAUCUUCCUCAACAUGUCUGUUAGCACCACCUUCCUUAUGGUCAUCAGCAUUGACCGCUGUACGUCUGUUCUGUGCCCGGUGUGGUCAAAAAACUACAAAACUCUGAAGAUGGCUGCUUCAAUCUCCGUUCUUAUCUGGACAGCCUGUUUUAUACUCAGCACUCCGUACCUCGCUUUUUUUGACAUUCUUCAUGACUCUGAUAGUAAUAGAUCAUACUGCUUUCCCAUAUAUUCAGAGGAUGACCAUGUGGACCAAGUACGAUACAAAGCCAUGCUCAUUACCAGAUUUGUCAUCAUGUUCCUCAUCCCGUUUUCUAUUACAUUGAUAUGUUACAGCCUCCUUGCAAUUCGGCUGAGAAGAAGAAGAAGUCUUUCCAUAUCUGGUCGACCCUUUAAAGUUAUUUUUACCAUCGUAGCUACUUUCUUCUGUUUUUGGUUCCCCUUCCAUCUGUAUCCGUUUCUAGAAUACAUGAAUGUGGAAAUUAGCGACACUGUGGAUUUUGCUAUGUCCAACACUGUCUACGCCAUUGGUUUCUUUAAUAGUUGUAUCAACCCCAUGGUCUAUGCCUUCAUUGGGAGGGAUUUUAAGAAGAGUUUACAGAAGUCUGUCCCAUUCCUCCUGGAGAGCACAUUCAAAGAGAAGUUUGAAGUGGAGGAUCCCUGCAGUAGAUUUAUGGUGGAAACCGAGAUGGACACUUAUAACUGAGGAGGAACUCCUGACAAAAUACGAAAUUCAGCCAUUAAUCUCUAAAGUGAAAAGCUUAUGUCUGUCUCUGGGUGAACUGUUUGGAUGAAACUUAAUGGGUUGUCAUUUUUGAGGCUGGUGUAAGAAAACUAGGCGGUCAUUUCUGCCUAGUUUCCCCCCCCCCCCCUCGCUCCUCAUUCCAAAGCCCCCUCCAUCGAGUAAAAUAAAUAUGGCGAUUGUGGAAGGAACUUUGUGCCUCGUGACAAGAGAACUGUUUAUGCCAAAUAUGGACUUGCAAGAAGAAACCACCCCUCCUCCUUCUUCUGCUUUUUCUUCUUCUUCUUGUAUUCACUCAGGAACCAAAUAUGGCUCUGCCCCUGAAAACUUGGGUUUGAGAUCCCUGUAUGACACAAGGCAUUUGUGCUAAUUAAAGGCUUUUGAAACGUGAGCAGUAUGCCAAGAACAGACGUCACAGGGGCGUGUAAUAAGGGACUGAACUAUAUGAACUGACCAAUCUGUAUGCUUAUGUUUGUGACGUCAUGUUGUUAAUAAAAGGAGCCGCACAGGCUCCACCCAGUCUCUCUGGCUGAAUGUUGGAAAGGUGAAGAUGUAGACUUUUUCUCUCCGGUCUGCAUGUUUCACUAUUAUGAUUUGGGUCAACGGCAGAAUGGGUUUAUUCUCUGGAAUUGGGCCAGAGUACCACUACAUCAACACUAUAUAUAUUUGUACAGUAUAUUCAUCUUUCCUUCUAUCUAUCCAUCUAUC